AUGUCUGCUAGCGAUUCAUCAAGUGACAGCAGUGAAUAUGAUCAUCAUAUUGUCUUCCCAGACAUUUAUUCAUUAAUGCUUAGCCGUGGAAUAGUAAUUGACAAGUCCCAAAUGUCAAUCUUCCCAACCGAAGUCUCAAUGGCAUUACCAGAACCAACAAUGGAAAUUCCAAUCAAGAAGAGAAAAGAAGGCAAGAGAACUCUUUUCUCAGACUCCCAGCGCUCAAUCCUUAUGCACUGGUUGAAGAACCACCAGUCAAACCCAUAUCCUACAUCGACAGAGAAACAGGAGUUAAUGGAAAAGACAGGACUCAAUCGUGAUCAAAUUAACGUUUGGUUUACAAAUAACAGAGUUCGCCAUGGAAUGUCUUGCUCAUCCCAGCACCAUGGAAAGAAUUCUCAUCCACAUAACUUCAAUUUCAGAUCUUCUCAUUAA